ACUCUACACGUCUUAAUUCGAUUUGUGUUUGCUUCGAGUACGACUUUAAUCAGAUUAAGGUCAUUAAAAAUUGCUGUUUACAUGCUAGUUUCUUAAUCAGAGUAUCGUCUUAAUCGGGUUAAUAGUGGAUUAUUGUUGUCCAUGUAAACGUACUGACUGUAAUGUUGGCAGCUUUUUACUAUAGUGCUGCCAUCUAGCGGUGAGCGUGCGAUAUCGCACUGUAAUUACACACUAGGGACUAAAUUGUGUAUUUAACCGCUAAAAUGAUCUUUAAUAGCUUGUGCUAGACGCCUGUUUUAUUUAAUGUCACUACGUAGUAAGACCAUGUAGGAAACGUGUCCCCAGUCCUGAAGACUUACCCACAGUGGAGUACUUUUCCAUAAAUGUUAAAUAAACAUGUUACAUUCAUGUUUUCUCAGAGAACACACAAAGAGGAGCUGUCUCGUCUAACUUCCAACAAAAUCACAUGGAUUUCUUAGUUAUAACAAUUAAAUUGUACACAUUUGGGAAGAAACGUCCCAAUGCCACUAGUCAACAAAAUAAAAUUUAAACGCCUGUCGGGUUGCCUGAUCAAGGGUUUCUUGGCUUGAACACUUCACUAUUGUUUCUUUGUAUGUUUUUAUGGUGGAGGCAAUUUCAAUUUACACUAUCAAAAUAUGCUAACUACAGUUUUAGGGUUUUACCUGUAAUUUUCUGACCGAGUGACAAUAAUAAAGUAGGCACAAUUGAACAAAAUACUUGCAGUAUUGGUCUACAGACAAGAAACCAUCGGCUAGCCAUUAAAACCAUUACCCGUAUUGGUCCUUAAUGGUGUCCACUAGACAUAACAUGCGACCAACAGAAGGCAACAAAUUACCAGUAGAGACCCACAGAGAGUGUUACAGUUACGAUUCCCAUUAUAACCAUUAAAACCAUUACAGAUUCUAUGUGAGGUUCUAUUGUUUGUUUUUGUUUUGUUUUUUUCCAGCACAGUUUGCAAACCAUGUCUUCAUGGAGCUCGCUUUGUGCACGGUGGUGUUGUGAUGCUGGAACAGGUUUGAGUCUCUUAGUUCCAGUGAAGGGAAACUGUAAUGCUACAGCACACAAAGACAUUCUGUACAACUGUGUGGUUGAAAAUUUGUGACAACAGUUUUUGGGACGAACCACAUAUGGGUGUGAUGGUCAGGUCUCCACAUACUUUUAUAGCCUUAUAGUGUGUUUAGCCUAGAUUUAUGAAUUGAUCAAUUAUUAUUAUUAUUAUUAUUAUUAUUAUUAUUACUAUUAUUACUAUUAUAUAAAACACACUUAGGGCCAAUUUACUUUAGCCAGUCCACCUACUGGCAUGUUUUUGGGAGCUCACAGUAGCCUACACCAAGGAAGGUCUAUAUAUCCGAACUAUUUGAACAUAAUGGAAAUUUAUUUUAACGUAAUUCUCAUAUCUUGCCACAAGAUGGCGCGUGUUUUCCCACGACAAGCACGGCGCCGUUAGCUUCCCGUUAGCUGACGUCAUCGAGCUGUGGCUUCACUGCCACAUGUAAACAAGGAAGUGUGGAGCGCGCGCUGGAUUUCUGUGUUUCUAUUUAUUAUGCUCACGUUUGGCUUGACACUCGUCCGACAUGGUGAAACCCAGUACAACAAAGACAAACUGCUGCAAGGUCAAGGUAUUGAUACUUCCUUGUCAGAAAUGGGACUACGGCAGGCGGACGCUGCAGGCCAGUACCUGCAAGACCUUCGCUUCACCAACGCUUUUGUCAGCAAUCUUCAGAGAGCCAUCCAGACUGCUGAGAUCAUCCUGAAGAACAACUUGCACUCUGCUGACACGGUGAUGGUGUUGGAUCCUUUGCUCAGAGAGAGGGGAUUCGGCGUGGCUGAGGGGCGGCCCAAAGAAGACCUGAAGAACAUGGCGAACGCAGCAGGAAAGGCCUGCCGGGAUUUCACACCACCGGGUGGAGAAACUCUCGAGCAGGUAAAGACACGUUUUCGCAAGUUCCUGAAGUCCAUGUUCCAGCGCAUGCUAACUGACCACUGUCCCAGUACGUGUCCCAGUUCUAGCCCGGAGCUUCCAGAAUCGGCCCUGCCAACAAUCGCGGGACUCGCCAACGAUGGGGUUGAGAACUUGCGCACCCACGCGUUAGUGGUGAGCCACGGUGCCUUUAUCCGCGUGGCAGUGCGUCACCUGGUGGAUGGUCUGCACUGCAUUCUGCCCGAGGGACUGAGGAUGAGCCAGGUGUACUCAGCCUGCCCCAACACGGGCAUGUGCAGGUUUGUCAUCACACUCGGAAUGGAAGACAGCGUCCCAAGACCUGUUUCGCUCCACUGCAUCUUCAUCAACAGGAAGGAUCACCUCGCCAGUCUCAAAGACUCGAGCUUGAGCAAGUAACAACGACUGCACCGAGUUCAGAGACACUCCAAGCUUCCGGUCAUUUAAAAGCUCUAAGGACAAGCCGUCUCCUUGCUAACUAUGGCAUUAGAAGAAGAGUGAGAAGUUUCCUAAGCAUGUGUCCUAUUGUAUAUUUUAUUUAUAGUCCUGAGAUCUCUGUGUUACAAAAUGUGUAUGAACUGUUUUAUAUUUUCAGUGUAGAGUGGACAGACAGUAUUCUUCUGAAACACUAUUUAUUGGCAUGGUAUUAUGUAUUAUUAAUGAACUGUAUUAUUGGGGGGUGGGGUGGAUUAGUUGUUAGCAUGUUUAGCUCGCACCUUCAGGGUCGGGGGUUCGAUUCCCACCUCCACCCUGUGUGCGCAGGGUUUGCAUGUUCUCCCCAUGCUCUGGGGGUUUCCUCCGGGUACUCCGGUUUCCUCCCCAGUCCAAAGACGUCCGCUGUAGGCUGAUUGGCGUGUCCAAAUUGUCCGCAGUGUGUCAGUGGGUGUGUGAUUGUGCCCUGCGAUGGGUUGACACCCCGUCCAGGGUGUCCCCCACCUUGUGCCCCGAGUCCCCUGGGACAGGCUCCAGGCUCCCCGCGACCCUGUGUAGGAUAAACAGUACAGAAAAUGAAUAGAUGGGUGUAUUAUCAAGGGCAGUGACUUGAAUGGUCUGAUCCCAGACAAGCUUUGAUUUUUUUUCUCUUAGACUGACAGAAUGCACUUUAUAUACAAUGCAUAGAAUUGUACAACAAAAAAUGACGUGUUAAAUUAUCUUAUAGCAUAGAAAAUAAAGAGUGAUGAACGGUUUA